AUGGAAAAGUUGAGAGUGCCCCUCCUCGUCACUCUGACACUCACACUUCUAACAUCACGGGAGAGCUGUUGUACGAGGCUGCAGAACGCACCGCCGGCCAUGCUGACAACCGCAGGUCUGAUGGCCUCCUCAUCUCAACUACCUCCAGAUCCCUACGAUCUCGUGCCACCUAUUGACGACCCUUGGGGUAAGUGGCAUCCAAAUUACCGCCUCUACUCAUCGUCUCACCACUUAAAAGAUAGGGGGAGAUAUUCACUAAUAAGGACUGAUUCGCCCUACUUAAAGAAUGUCGACGACUCGCCCGCUCUAUCAAUCACAACAACAUUGUCAAGUGAUUUGAAGAGAAUCGCGACCAGCAGGGAUCAAGCAUCAAACAAUCUUAAUAUCCAGCUACGUUUCUACGACCGACUUCUAAGUUUUACUUUGUUAACUUUAGAUGAGGCCUACCCACCAACGUUGAGAAAAAGACCAUGGGCGCUGCCAGAUCCGCUACACUGUUGCCUUUUGCGACUCAGUUGCUGCCGCAGAAGGGCUCCAGCUAACUACUCAUGA